AAAGAUGACGAAAUCUUUGAAUUUAAACAUAAAUUACAAAACGUUCAUUUAAAUUAUUUAAAUGACGAAAAUGAUAAUAUCAAAAGUGAUAAUAUUGAAAAUGAUAAUAUCGAAAAUGAAUUAUUUCGUCAUUCUAAAUUUACGUACAAAAAUUACUUUGUUCGUAUUGAUAACAUCAAGAUGAAAUAUGAAAAAAAUUUUUCAGAUAAACAAUCGGCUUAUGAUGAAGGAUUUAACCCAUUUUAUUAUGUAUUUGGGGAUGGAACAUUUGGUACUAAUUAUGAUGCCAAUCAAUCUAUCAGUAACAACGAAUUUAAGACCACUGAAGAAUUUAAUAUCAAUGACGUUGAGGUUAAAUACAAAUCUUUGGAAACCAACGAGGGCAUUGUUGAUAACAAA